AUGCUCAAUGCACGAUUGCUUUGGCGCACGCUGAUUGGCUGAUUUUUAUCCAAUCAGCGCUAGUCUAUACAUGGAGAAGCUUCUAGAUUCUUCUUAUGUAAAAAGCUAUAAAUAUACUAACGGUUUUCCUAUUUCGCUUCUUGCUUCUUGCUUCACCUAACCUUGUUAUUUGGAAUAUAAUCUUCCUGCUCAAUCGUGUUCUGAUUUGGGGCCUUGUCGAGUGAAUCUGUGACCGUGAAUACUAAGCGAUAGGAAUAGCUGGGUUAUAACCGUAAGAGCGAAAAUAUAACAGUGGCGACGAGGAAAAAGGAAAAUAAAUUCAAUAUGUCCAUAUCAGACGACCAGCUUAACCGAAUACUACAACAACAGCAACAACAAUUAGAUGCACAAAUGCGGUUGUUAGAGACUCUGACUCAACAGCUUAGCUUCCACUGCUCGAGUUCACAUGCCAUUUCAAGUACGUCUUGUGAUGCAGUUGCUAGCAGCAUACCAGAAUUCAUCUAUGAUCCCGAAAGCGGAAAUACUUUUCUCACGUGGUUCAAACGUUGGGAAGAUACAUUUAGAAUAGAAUUCUGUAACCAAGACGACGCGUGGAAGACUCGACUGUUGGUACGUAAGUUAGGAAUUAAUGAACAUGCACGCUAUGCUGACCAUAUAUUGCCUAAGUUACCUCGAGAGCUCAGUUUCGAGGAGACGAUAAUUCAAUUGUCAGAGAUAUUCGGUGAAUCCUCCUCAUUGUUUAGUAUUCGACAUCAGUGUCUAAAUUUGGUGAAACGCGAAGCCGAUGAAUAUGGUGUUUUAGCAGACAUCGUCAACAGAGAAUGUGAACGGUUCAAGUUACGCUCGUUGACAGAAGACCAAUUUAAAUGCCUAAUAUUCAUCAAAGCUCUUCAGUCACCACAAGAUGCUGAGAUCAGGACUAGACUUUUGGCUCGACUAGAUCAAGACCCAAACGUCACACUCAGAACGUUAACAGAUGAGUGUAAGCGGCUACAAAGCAUCAGACACGACAACAAGUUGAUUGAACAGGUAAAUCCUAAUUUAACCUGCAGUAGUGUCAAUGCUAUUACUAGGUUAAAAGUUAAGAAGCCGAUAACAACUCGUAAUAAACCAACGACUGCAUGCUGGUUAUGUGGUGAUUGGCAUUAUGUACGAUUCUGUCCAUUUAAAAAGCAUAUAUGUCAGGUGUGCAGCAAACGUGGACAUAAAGAAGGUCAUUGUCCACCGAAUCGUACGUCUCAUCCCAAAAAGAAGCAUAAACGUUCUCGACAUGUGAAAUCAGCCGAGUUUAAAUCUCUUUCUCUGGUAGCUGCCUUUCAAACAAACUAUGACAUUCGGAGAAAGUAUGUUACCAUCCAGAUAAACGGCAUAUCAGCUCGUCUUCAAAUUGACACGGCAUCAGAUAUCACCUUAGUAUCUAGAGAAACGUAUAACUUGCUGGGUAAACCGCCAAUGAAGCCAUCUAAGAAAACGGCCAAAAACGCAUCAGGUGGUGUGCUAAAACUGGUUGGUGAAUUACAGUGUGAAUUUUCCUUCAAUGGAACUAACUGUACAGGAAUAUGUUACCUAACAGAACGGCCAAACCUUGAUCUUCUUGGUCUAGAUAUGUUAGAUAAACUUGGAAUAAUGGAUGUACCGAUUAACAGUGUCUGCAACGUAUUGUGUUCAUCAUUAGACACCCCAGUACUUGCAAAGAAGACAUGUGAAAGGUUACUAGAAAAACUGAAAAGAAAGUUUGCCUCUGUUUUUCAGAAUAGCCUUGGCCACUGUACCAAGAUGAAAGCUCAUUUACCACUGAAACCAGAUGCCAAACCUAUUUUUCGUCCUAGACGUCCUGUACCAUAUGCUGCUCUUGAGUUAGUCGAUCAGGAACUUAAUCGCUUGCAACAGGCUGGUGUAAUUCAACCAGUCAACUACUCUGCAUGGGCCGCACCGAUCGUAGUGAUUAAGAAGGCGAAUGGAACUAUACGCAUAUGUGCCGAUUUCUCGACCGGUUUAAAUGCUGCAUUAGAUGUGUAUCAAUAUCCAUUACCAGUUCCUGAAGACCUGUUUGCCAAACUUAAUGGUGGGACAUGUUUCGCGAAAAUAGACUUUUCCGAUGCCUAUCUACAAGUAGAAGUAGAUGAAGACAGUAGAGAGCUUUUGACCAUUAACACUCAUCGAGGGUUAUUUCAAUACACCCGUCUACCAUUUGGCAUCAAGACUGCACCUGCCAUCUUUCAGCAAAUAAUGGAUACGAUGCUAACAGGUAUACCUGGUACAGCAGCUUAUCUAGAUGAUAUCAUAGUUAUGGGUUCAACUGACAAUGAACUUUCUGAUCGACUACAUCAAGUCCUUAACCGAGUGUUGGAAUAUGGUUUCCAACUACGUGAGGAAAAGUGUACUUUCUUUAUGCAUUCCAUCAAAUACCUUGGUUUUAUCUUAGAUAAGAACGGUCGCCGACCAGACCCUGCCAACAUCGAAGCCAUUCAGAAGAUGCCUGCACCAACUGAUGUCUCUUCAUUAAGAUCCUUCUUGGGGUUAAUCAGUCACUAUAGCACAUUCUUGCCUGAAAUGCAUCGAGUGAGAGGUCCGCUGAAUGAAUUACUAUCAAAAGAUAAACCUUGGCAGUGGUCAGCAGAAUGUCAAGCAUCUUUCGACAGAGUCAAAUCAAUGCUCAGCUCAAAGAUUCUUUUGACACACUUCGAUCCCAGCUUGGAAAUUGUUGUUGCAUCUGAUGCAUCUAGUCAUGGAGUUGGAGCAGUAAUAUCUCACGUGUUUCCGGACAAAUCAGAAAAGACAAUUGCCCAUGCUGCUAGAUCACUUACCCCAGCCGAGCGGAACUACAGUCAAAUUGAAAAGGAAGCUCUUGCGAUCAUUUUCGCUGUCAAAAGAUUUCAUAAAAUGCUCUAUGGUCGUACAUUUACUCUACUGACAGAUCACAAACCUUUGAUUGCAAUCUUUGGUUCUAAGAAAGGAAUCCCUGUCUAUACGGCUAAUAGACUACAGCGCUGGGCAACAAUGCUCCUGAGUUAUGAUUUCAAUAUCAAGUAUCAGUCGACAAAUACUAUCGGUCAAGCCGACGCUCUCUCUCGAUUAAUUGGAGUUCAGCAUCCUGGACCAGAGGAUAUAAUCAUUGCCUCCAUAGCAGUAGACCCAGAAAUACGAAGUAUAGUGGCAGAUGCCAUUCGAAACACUCCAGUGUCGUCAGAUGAAGUCAGAGAAGAAACUCUUCGAGACCCGAUUCUACAAGAAGUUAGAAAGUUCCACCUGGAAGGAUGGCCCACGAAGAUCAGUUCCACAGAGCUUCAACAGUUUUACCAGCGUAGACUCUCUCUCUCAAUCAUCGACGACUGCCUGCUGUUUGCAGAACGUGUCAUAAUCCCAAAGAAGCUACAACCAGCAGUGCUUGAACAGUUGCACGCAGGACAUCCUGGAAUAAAUCGCAUGAAAGCAUUAGCACGAAGUUAUGUAUACUGGCCGCAUUUAGACACUCAACUGGAGCAGCUAUCCCGUUCAUGUACCAAAUGUGCAUUAGCAACGAAAGCACCGCGGAAAGCAGAGCUGCAAUCAUGGCCAAUACCACAGUCACCGUGGCAGCGUAUACACUUGGACUUUGCUGGUCCACUUCAUGGACAAACUUACCUUUUGGUAGUUGAUGCAUAUAGCAAGUGGCCAGAAAUCUUUCUCAUGGAACACCCGACUGCAAGCUGCACAGUCAGUAAGCUACGUCAACUAUUCAGUCGUUUCGGAGUCCCGGAAUUGAUAGUUAGUGACAACGGAACACAGUUUACGUCCGUAAUUUUCUCACAAUUUUGUCGGCAGAACGGAAUCCAUCACGUCCGAACACCUCCAUUCCAUCCCCAAUCAAAUGGUCAAGUGGAACGCUUUGUGAGUACAUUUAAAAAUGCUCUAAAAAAAUCUAAAGGGGAGGGGACCACCGAAGAGAUCUUAGAGAGGUUCCUGCUUAUUUAUCGCUCGACACCGAACCCUCAGACGAUUAAGGGGGUCUCUCCAGCAGAAGCUCUACUUGGCAGAAAAAUACGAACACAUUUCGAUGUCAUCCGUCCUACGCCAGCUCUUGAGCCUCAACGAAACCUAUCUAUGGAGAAUCAGUUCAAUCGACAUCAUGGGGCACAAAAACGAUUGUUCACGGUGGGACAAAAAGUACUUGCUAUGGACUAUCGUGAGAAACAUCCUACAUGGACAGCUGGUCGGAUCUUGAAAAAGAAGGGGAGUGUGGUUUAUGAGGUGUCAGUUGGCUCAGAAGUUUGGGUACGUCAUGCUAACCAAUUGAAAGCAACUUCGAUAGCCAGCAACGAGAUUCAAUAUCGAUUACCUCUUGAUGUUCUGCUAGACACCUUUGAAAUCAAAACGCCUGGAACAGACAGGUCAGUUUCUGUGCAAGCAAAGAGUGAUACUUCUUUAUUGCCUAGACGAUGGACAAAUCGAAAGCACAGGCCAGUCACUCGGUUGCAGUUGGACCCUAGCACCAGAUCCUACGAAUCUGCUCAAAGGGGAGGUGUUAGUGGGACAUAGAUUGGAUUUAAGCAUGCUCAAUGCACGAUUGCUUUGGCGCACGCUGAUUGGCUGAUUUUUAUCCAAUCAGCGCUAGUCUAUACAUGGAGAAGCUUCUAGAUUCUUCUUAUGUAAAAAGCUAUAAAUAUACUAACGGUUUUCCUAUUUCGCUUCUUGCUUCUUGCUUCACCUAACCUUGUUAUUUGGAAUAUAAUCUUCCUGCUCAAUCGUGUUCUGAUUUGGGGCCUUGUC